GGAUGUUUCUGUCUCUCCCUACGCUGACUGUUCUUAUUCCACUGGUCUCUUUAGCAGGGCCACUGGUCUCUUUAGCAGGGCUGUUCUACUCGGCCUGGGGGAAGAAAACUUGCCGCAGGGCUGCGAGCACAGCCAGCCUCUGCUCCUACAGCCUGUUCCUGCCAGUCACCAUCCCCGUGUAUGUGUUCUUCCUCCUUUGGACUUGGAUGGGUAUUAAACUCUUCUGGCAUAAUUAAUUCAACCAGAGCCAGGAUGGUGUAUAUGUCAGUGACAGGCUUGGGGCAUCUAUCUUUGACAGCCCAAGUAGAGGGGAAUACUGGAGACCCAUUUAUUUUGCAGGAAAGACAUUUUGCCAUGUA